AUGAAAUUUUUCAGUUUAUCUGUUUACUUGUCUAUCUUAGCUGUUAGUGAAGCAGCUGUUAAAAUUGUCACUGAAGUUAAAAUUGAAACUGUUUAUGCUAAUGGUGUAGCCAGUUCAUAUUCCUCAGAAUAUUCCUCAGAAUCUUCUUACUCAUCAGAAGUUUAUAAUUCAACUAGUUCAGAUGUUUCAUAUUCUGUUGAUGUUCCAACUUAUUCUGAAUACGUUCCAACUACUACUGCUGUCAUUUUACCUGCUUCAACUUCCGUUCCAGUUUAUACACCAACUAGUUCUCCAACUACUAGUACUCCAACUACUACUUCAAUUUAUACCCCACCAACCAGUACUCCUACCACCAGUACUCCAACCACCAGUUCAACCACUCAAAAACCAACCACUUUAGUUUCAAAAACUUCUUCCUCAGCUCCUGCUGCUACUGGAGGUUCAAUCAGUGGAGGUGUUGAUAAAUCCUUUGCUAAAGCUAUCCUAGAUGCUCAUAAUGAAAAGAGAGCUGAACAUUCAGCUCCAGCUUUAGAAUGGGAUGAUGAAUUAUACCAAUACGCUGCUAACUAUGCCAGUUCUUAUAGUUGUUCAGGAAGUUUAUCUCAUUCUGGAGGUAAAUAUGGUGAAAACUUAGCUGUUGGUUAUGCUAAUGGACCUGCUGCUGUCCAAGCUUGGUAUGAUGAAGGUAAAAAUUACGAUUAUUCUUCUGCAAGUUCAUUUGAUCAUUUCACUCAAGUUAUUUGGAAAUCUACUACCAAAUUAGGUUGUGCUUAUAAAGAUUGUUCAUCAAAUAACUGGGGUAAAUAUAUUAUUUGUUCAUAUGAUCCUGCCGGUAACAUGAUUGGUUCAGGUAAGUCCAAUCUUUUUGAAUAG